AUGUCGGUGAUGACAAUAUUCGUCAGUUUCGUCAGUCUGAAUCAUCCCGUUGUUCAUAAGUUCCAUGGUCCAACUCCGAUAGCCGCAUACCAACCCAAAGCCUUGGAUCUAUACAUUUGUCGUGAUUUACAUCCUCGACGCCUCCCCGUUGCCUCCUUUGCCAUGAACCCCCAAAAGGAAAUAUUAGGCAAAUCAGAAGGCAAAAAAGAUGCAGAGAAAAAGACAUGA